GAACAUAAUAACUAUCAAGAGUCGAGACAAGAAUAUAUACAAUAUACGAUAAAAUAAAAUGACCCCAAAUGUAGCCCCAAAACAGAAAAUAAAAUAAACAGCAACUUGCGAAAUCUUAUUGUGAAAUUUACAACCGGAAGUAAGGCUACGUGUCGUGGCCGAGUUGACGCAGGAUGCUGCAAACACACACCGUCUCUUGGCGGACAUGGCGGCAACUUGAUGAAGACGGCGAGGGCUUGAAAAAGAAAAAAAGACGUCUGUAGCAGGCUGUAGCUAGGCCCCAUCGCGCUGACACAAAAAGGCAACAGUCCUUCGCCAUGUUGGAAGACGAUAGCGCCCUUGUCCGCGCACGACCGAGGCCGGGGAAAACGUAAGCGCGUCAGUGAGUGUUUCUAAAAGCGGAGUCGCGGCUACGCAGAGGAGCGGAGCGGCGCCGCGCGGCAGCUCGGGGCGGACGGGAGGACAGCCAUGGAGGAUGCGGCCCGCGGUCGCAGGAGUCUGAUUUCCCACCCGGCCCACGCUCCUUUGGAUGGGAAUUUCCGCUGAGCGCGACGGAAAGCCGGGACAACCCACUAGCCGACUCUUAAGGGGAGGAAAACGCGAUCGGCUCCCGACGUCCAUGACUGUUGCGGCAGAGGAGCCCCCACGGUGGAGUCGGCCGGUUCCCAAAAUAUGACCAGGGGUGCUGGGACGUGUUGGCAGCAAGAAGACGACGACGGCUUCCAAAUCUGGCUCGAGCCCCCUCGCGACCACCAAAAGCCAUUCACCGACUCUGAGAGGGCGCAGAGAUGGCGACUGUCCUUGGCAUCUCUCCUGUUCCUCACCGUCCUCCUCUCUGAUCGCCUGUGGUUCUGCGCCGAGGCCAGGCUGGCCCGAACCCCGGACAAGUUCGCGUCCUCCCACCUCCGCUCCCCCCACACCCACUCGGUGCACAUCAACCUCACAGAGAACCCCCACGCUAUUUUUCUAGGAAACUCCACCAAACAUCUGUGUCGCCUCGAAACUCGCCACCGGGACAGUUCGUCCGGCAACUGCUUCGCCUUCGCGGAUGCGGACGACCUGUGCCGCGGCCUCUCCGACAAGCAGGGCCCGCGGGUCGCUAACAUGAGCGACUUGUACCUGUCCUUUUGUAACUCCUACUCCCUGCUGGACCUGUUUGACGGCUCGGCGAGCCCGGACAACCUGAACUGCAGCGUCCGGGCGCUGGAGGACGGCGACGCGACGCGAUGCGGCGAGUGCGUCCAGGCGUACCAGCGCUACGACCAGCACGCCCAGGAGAAAUACGAGGACUUUGAGCUCCUGACGGAGAAAUACGAGCCGGGGGCUUAUUCGGUGAGGACAUGCAUGGAGCAGUGCAAGAUGGCCUAUAAGCCCUGGCUCUGUGCUCAGUACUUCCCCAACAUCAAGCAGUCCUGUCAGAGGAAGAUACCGUGCCAUCGGUACUGUCUGGAGGUCCAGCAGAGCUGCCCGUUCAUCCUGCCCGACAACGACGACCUGAUCCACGGCGGAAACCCCAGCUUCAUCUGCACAGGACUCCUGGGAGACCAUCCAUCAGACGGCGAGGCGGAGUGCUGCGACGUUCGAUGGGACUCCAAAAUGGACAGCCCUUCAGGCAGCACACUUAAAAGGACUGCUUCUUCCUGCCAGCCCGAGGGGGCUUCGGUCACUUCCGCCGCCAGCCCGAGACUGUGCAGCGGGCGACUGAAGAUAUGCCUGCUGGCCCUCGUCCUCCUACAGACUGUCAUCAUCAUCUCAGCCUCGCAUAACUCUACGUUGCUGGACGUGGCCGCCAUUUUCUCGCCGGAGGAGGCCGCUCCGAACGAGGAGUGAACCCCUCGAUGGGGGGGUGGGGGGGGGUGUCGGGGGGGCGGGGUUAUGGCUUUUUACAGUGUCAUGGCUCCCAGGGACGCAUCUGGCGAGGUGUGCCAGAGAUGUCACCGCGAUCUGCUGCCAAACGAAGCGUCAAUCACACAACGCGGGAGGGCUUGAACUGGAGAUCUCUGGGCUGGGAGCGGACAUCGACCCAACCGAGAUAUUCGGGGACCACGCCCUACGAAGAACUGACCUCUUGCCACUAGAAACCUGCUCAUUGUUUCUAUCUCAUCCAAAUGUUUUCUAGCAUAUCGUCCCUGUUUUCCUCCCCCUCCUACCUUCCCUCUCCUCUGGUUUCAGUGUCUGGAUGGGUGAAACGGACAUUGACGACGUGUGCAUUCCAGCUCAUCGUUACCUUUAGAUUUUUGCUGCACUUUUUCCCCCUGGGUGUCAGAUUAUUUUGACAUUUCCGCGCUGUUCUUCUUUCAAUCCUUCAUCUCCAUUGGUGUGCCGUUCAUGUUGUUUGCUCAAGGGCCUGUUGGCAUCAGCUCAUCCUUUAGUUGUGGGUCAUGCUUUCCCUCAGAAAUGUGGUUCUCCUGUGUUCUGUUGUCGAGCUUAUGUUUUUUUUCUUUUUUCUACUGGAUCUUUUGUGAACCCCUUACAACGGCACAUGCCUAAGCAUUUUAGGACCUUAAGUGCUCUGAGACUCGCUUCCUCCUCUGACUUGUUCUGCAGUUGGAUAAGUUGGGAGUCAAGUGGGAAAGUUGGUGACACUGCAACUGUCCGAGGCGUUUUCUUUGACUUUUUUUUUUUUUAGUCUUUGACAGGACGCUGCUUGUUCUAAAGUGUUUAGUUCACCUUACACCACAGUGGCUCGUCUUUCUGGUUAAAUUGGUUGUGUGGGAGAACGCUGGAGUUGGAAAAGGCCAGAACACAGGGAGCCUCACUCAUCAACCAUGAACCUGUCUCCAUUAAUAGGCUUUUCCCACCAAUCGGUUCCACUGCUUCACCAGAGAUGGUGCAAAACCCACUUCUUAACUGGUCCAGUUUGGGUUUCCACAACCAGAAAACAACUUUUAUUAUUUAUCUCAGUAUUCCUACAAAACAAAUGCACGAGUAUCCCCAUUUUAGUCAUUAAAAGUUAUAAACAAACUCCAGAUUUGACUAUAAUAACAGACAGCUGGGACUUAUUAGAACAUAGCAGAGGGUGAUAUCAAAAUAAACAGCAGGAGGCAGAGUUGUAAACAUUUGCUCUCAACUUCCAAGCUUAAGAAAAGGCAUUUAUUGUCUGCAUCUGUUUUCCUGCGACCCUAAACCGCUCUAAUUCUCACCAGUAAGCGCUCUAAUUUAGCAAGAAAUUACUUCAUGCCUCAACUAAUAAAGUGCCUCUCUUUACACACAAGAAUAAACACAAUAAAUAAACGUAGAUUAAGGUGCAACAAGACAACUGAGUCGAAGUGAAAGAUUUAUUAUGAUAAAUGGUGAACUCUAAAAUUGUGUUUUUUAAAAUUUCACUUUAUUUUCACCAGAAUUUCCUACUGCUUUCACCUUACAAGGUAUCAAUUAAAACACCUCAAUAAAAUAGUUCAAAACAGUUUGCAGCAUCAAAAUCAAAAUUCUGGCCGAUUAUCUUUGAUUAGAUGAUCCACAAUAGUUGGAAUAGAUAUUAUUACAAUUUGAAAACUUUUCAUGGGAAUUAUGGGAUAUUCCUGGGAUUUACCGGGACACAACCCUGCAAGCUUCUCAGCUCGACGCCGGAACAACAAGCACAUGUCACAGUAGGAGGACCGGAAGUCAUGCAUAAGAAAACUGCCAAAAUCAAAACCCUAAUUUUGGCCAGUGGUUUUAAAACUGUGUAAAAAGAGGCCCAACUCAUAAACUGGCAUGUUUUUUGCAUGACGUUUUGGCACGUUUGGCUUCCCAUAGAAGGCAAUGGCAGGGCUAUUUCAGUUCCGAAACCACGCGAAAGUUAUUAGAAAGAAUAAAAAAACGUGCGACCCUCGAGCAUGAAGCUUUCUUUCCCGCGCGAGGAUUAAACAAACCGCAUAAUAUCCAAACAUAGAUAUAAAUAUUUUCUUUUGCUAUAGAAAACAGUUAACCCUUGUGCGUGCGAGGACUGAGGCAAACGUAGAAGACUGUGGCAAAUACGUGUGUGGGGUCAGUUGGACCCCAUUUCUGGACACAAGGGUUAAAUAUGAAAACCAUUCCUGUAAUAUGUUUACCCAAUAAUAUUAGCAAAACCUGCUAAUUCAGGAGCUUGGAAGUUAACUGCAUGUAAUGGAGGCGUGGCCUCAGACAACAGUGUGCCAUAUGCAUGCGAUUGAGGAAUAAAAUAGAUAUGUGUGCUUGCAUGAAAUCUGGUUGCUUUAGUCAACAUUAUGCUCAAAUAUAUCAUUCAAAUCCCUAUUAAGAUACAGUCUUUAUGACACAAGAUUCCAAAUUUAUUCAGUACACUUCCCAUGGAAAGUUUACAACUUCAAAACCACAACCAAUGUUUUAAGGCAGACCAGACUUCACUCAUUUAGUCUAGACCAAAGUUUGGAAAAGGGUUCAGGCCAAACAAAAAGUGCCCAAAUAAACACCUCAUCUGUACUAUUGCUAGAGUUUGAGAUGGUGGAAACACAAAGAACUGGUGCAAACCAAGAACUAGCAACAAAGAGACAAUAUAGAGUGGAAAACUCUUAGAGCUAGUUGAGGUAGUUCAUUUCUGAGGUUUCUGCACUAAAGGAAGGUUCAAUGUCGUUCAUAGAACUGCUUUCAUAGAACAGAUUUGUAUUCCUACUCCAGUACAGAAAAGUUACCAUUGUGCCCUUGGUAUGUAAGCAAAAAAGCUAAACUGAACUUCUGCUGAUCCAGACAAUCCAGUCAGUUAGGUGAUCAAUGCUUCUUUGUGUAGGUAAGUAGGUUCAACCUCACCUUAUGUCCUUCACCCCUGAAUGGCCAGCCCACUUUUGGGGGAACCAGAUGCUUUGAUUUGAAUGGGGUGUUUGGUGAACUGGCCUCCCUGUCUUAAGGUAACCAUGCUAGAUUAUUAAUAUCCAGAAAAAUGUAUUCAUCCGGACAUUCACUAAAGUCUUUCUGGGGCUCUACAUCGACUUUGAUCCCUUCACUUCAGAGUUUAUCUUUACAAUCUGCCCAAUUAGCAACCAGAAAGAACAUCAUGUAUUUGUGUCCUGGUGUGGUGUUUUAGUCAAGAGACCAAUUCAGUUCAACCCCCUACAGGUUAAAGAUACUGCCUUUUAAAUUGUAGCAUCUCCCAAAAGUUGCAGUUGACAUUGUGCAGGGGGUUAAAUACACAGGGGUGAGGAAUCAACCUUUUUGCCUCUAAAUAAGUGGCAGUGAAACCUGCGUGGGAUCUUAUUCGAGUCCUCUUGUGGAGUACUGGAACUCAGGAGGUUUCUGGCCGCUCUAGUUGGCCGCAAAUAUUUUACUUGACGAAUGAGGCUCCCGGAUCUUUGGGUGAUUUUUGGCCGAAUGAGGCGUCUGAUGGCGUCAAAGGGGGAGAAAGUGGUGAAACCGAAACACUUCAGGGUUAGCUUCUUCUUCUAGACAAGUUCUCCUGUGGUCAGUUUGGCUUUUCAGGAUCUCAGAGUUCGUACAAGUCAGUCAGUCAAACUACCUACUCUGAAAAUCACCCGACGAGUUGAUCAGUUACGUUCUUUAUCUGACUAGCAAAGAGUCAGUGUGCAAGAAGUGUGAGGAGUUUUUAAAGGGCUGAUCCAUCCACUUUUAUGCUGUUUUCCCUAUUUUCAAAUGCCGCCUUGUAGUCAAUCAUCUUUAUCCCCCCUUUUUUACUAGCGAUAGGACAAAAACAAGACAUUUAUCCAAAGCUGAAUCACUGAGAAAGUAUUGCGUUAACAACAUGGUUGUUGUUUUCUAAUGGCUGAUCUGUUCUAAUACUUUUAGCGGUGGAAGCAUUGUAUGAGUGACUCCUCUUCGGCAUCAGAUAACAACCGUUGAAUCUGGCCCAGUUGGACGACCCUUGACCCUUCUUUUAAGGCCUCCCAGAUAGGAGAAGACAUUCUCUGCCCACAUGUUUGGCUCUGCCCCCCCUUAAUCAUUAGCUGACUGAGUCCUGUGGAUCUAUGCAGAUGAACCCCCCGCCUCAAAUAUCCCCAGCCGCUGUUCUUCGCCUCCUCUAGUCCUUUCUGUUGUAAAUAUGUCCUGAGGAUGUGGGAUCCCCUAAAAGUCGCCCCUUUCUGCCUCUCCUGGUCUCCCCUCCCCCACCCGUUGGACUCUCUGUGUUUUCUGUUCGGCUCCUUGGUUUUUGUCUGUUUUUUGAGAUUUUUGCCACAUUUUUCUGUUGUCUAAAGCAGUGGUGUGAGUUGAUGAGUAGGACAAAGUUGGAUGUUUAAAGGGAUGACAUAAAGAGGUCUUUAAAAAUAUAUAGAUAUAUAUCAAUAUAUAUAUGAAAAAGACAAAGCUUGAAAUGAGAAAAGGUUUAAUUAUAGAGAAAAAAAUAUGAUAAAAGUUGUCAUAUUGUCAUACUAGAGAUGCUUUAGUUUGCUAUUUUACUUUCUUUUUUUUUCUACAAAAGACUUGGAUGAAAAUUAUUUAUAAAAAUGCGUCCCACAAGUCAUGACCUUUUUUGGACGUGAAACAAAUACAUUUAUUAACAUUUUGUUCAAAGGAAAAUAAAUAUAAAUUAUGUUAAACAUGA